UUUCAUAUCGCAUAACCACCAUGUCUGAAAAAGCCUCACAAUACCGCCUGAAAGUAACCGCAGGACCCUCCUACGACCCAGCAACACACCAAGAGGUUCCAGUGAACGAAGACAAAACUCUGCAUAUCUCCAACGAGCACGCUGCCACUAAUCUGACCGUCCGGAUCCAGAAUUAUACCGGCUUCCCCAACGGCGCACCGCGAUCGAACCCUUACUUCGACCACCCUGAUCACUCCAAAGACCAGUACUCGAUCUCCUUUGGAAUAGCUUUUAAGAAGCCCAUCAAUGGCAACGAUCUCGUUUUCGGAAACGACUUCGACCGUCCCAUCCGUGAUAGACUCCCGCCUGGCUUCAACGGCGCGCUCCGUGUUGCCCAGUGGACAAUUGAUCCCACGCUUGAUGGUGAUGCAUACGCAGACAAGCCGUACCUCUAUAGUCCGGCGCUGGCAACGUGGAAUCGACUACGGGUAGGAAAGAAGGAGAAGUUGCCGGAUGUGCAAGGGAUCGUUGAAGAGGGCGAGGAGGACGGGGUGGAUGUCCGGAGUGCAAAAGGGGUCCCUGAGGAUGUGAAUGGGAGACGGUCGUAUUUUCAGAAUGAGGAGAGGCGGAAGGAAUGGGAGUUUGAGGAAGGAAGGGUGUAUUAUGCAGAUUUCGGCAACCAGUAUCUGGAUUUCAACGAAUUCACACUUCGUCUUCCCGGCUUCAAUAUCAAUGCGUUGCAUUAUAUUGAUGAGAAGACACAUUCUCUGCGGUAUGUGCUGAAGAGCCGGACGUCUGGGGAGGUUUACCUGGUGGUUCUGUUCACGUUGGUCCAUGCCAGUGACGGCCAUGAUGAUGAGUCUACGGAGUCGAAGGAGAACGGGAGUAGGUUUGAAUGGGAGGCAGAACCGUCUGCUGAUGAUGUUGAGUAG